CAAAUUAUUUUCUGUGUGAAGUCAAGAGAAACUUGUUUGAGGAAGUCCCUAUCAAAUUCCAGUUGUACCUGAUCACCUCAAAAGAUGUCACACUGUGUAGGCUCAGCAGCAUGGAAAGCCUGUGUGCAGCAAACACGACUUUUGCACUGGACCUGUUAAGAAAGCUGUGUGAGAAGAAAAGUGGUCAGAAUGUGUUCUUUUCACCCUUUAGUAUUUCUUCUGCUUUGUCUAUGGUUUUGCUGGGUUCAAGAGGUAGCACUGAAGCCCAAAUACAAAAGGUGCUUUCUCUGCACAACACCCAGGAUGCUCACAAUGGCUAUCAAUCCCUUCUGUCCAAAAUUAAUGAUCCAAACACCAGAUACAUCCUGAGAACUGCGAACCGGCUCUAUGGAGAAAAGACAUUUGAGUUUCUCAGAUCAUUUACAGAGUCGAGUCAGAAAUCCUACCAUGCUGGCCUAGAACAGAUGGACUUCCUGCAUGCUUGGGAGGAUGCCAGGAAACAAAUCAAUGGCUGGGUGGAGGAGAGGACUGAAGGUAAAAUUCAGAACCUGUUGGCAGAGGGGAUAGUGAAUUCUCUUACCAGACUUGUGUUAGUGAAUGCCAUCUAUUUCAAAGGCAACUGGAAAGAGCAGUUCAACAGACGGAGUACCAGAGAAAGGCCAUUCCACAUUAAUAAGAAUGAAACCAGACCUGUGCAGAUGAUGUUCAAGGAGGCAGAUUUUAACAUGACCUACAUUGGGGACAUCCAGACCAAAAUCCUUGAGCUGCCCUAUGUGGGUAAUGAACUGAGCAUGAUCAUCCUGCUCCCUGAUGCCAUCCAGGAUGGAUCCACAGGCUUGGAAAGACUGGAAAGAGAACUUACAUAUGAGAAGCUGAUGGAUUGGAUUAGACCUGAAAGAAUGAACUCUACAAACAUGUGGGUGUCUUUACCCAGAUUUAAACUGGAAGAAGAUUACAAUCUUAAAACUAUUUUAACAAACUUGGGAAUGCCAGAUGCAUUUGAUAAAGAGAAGGCAGACUUCUCAGGAAUGUCAUCUGGGAAUGGGCUGGUGCUGUCUGAAAUGGUUCACAAGUCCUUUGUGGAAGUCAAUGAAGAAGGCACUGAAGCAGCUGCAGUUUCGAUGAUGUGCUGUGAACUUAUGGAAGUUCCAGAAUUCACUGCUGACCAUCCCUUCCUCUUCUUCAUCCGGCACAACAAAACUCGCAGCAUUUUGUUCUGUGGCAGAUUUUGCUGUCCUGUGUGGCGGGAGUUGAGCACCCCUGUGGCAGAGCCCCGGGCGGUGUCGCUGCCCCGGGCCAGGCGGGCGCUGUCCCGCGGGUGUCGCCGGCCGGGCGGGGCUCGGCCGCGCUGGGGCUGCGCGGGGCGGGAGGGGAGCGGGGCAGCCUCCGGCCUGUGCCCGCCCUCGGGGCAUCCUUCGGCAGCGGGGCGGCAUCGGCAGCGCCGGCGGAGAUUGUUCCUGGGCUGCCGGAACCGCAGCGCUUGUGGGCAGCGUGAGGCAAAGUUCUUCAGCCGAAUCCUCCCAGCCCAGCUGGCAGGUUCAAAACCCAGCGUGCACACACUCAGCAGCAUGGAAAGCCUCUGUGCAGCAAACACGACUUUUGCACUGGACCUGUUAAGAAAGCUGUGUGAGAAGAAAAGUGGUCAGAAUGUAUUCUUUUCACCGUUUAGUAUUUCUUCUGCUUUGUCUAUGGUUUUGCUGGGUUCAAGAGGUAGCACUGAAGCCCAAAUACAAAAGGUGCUUUCUCUGAAUAACACCCAGGAUGCUCACAAUGGCUAUCAAUCCCUUCUGUCCAAAAUUAAUGAUCCAAACACCAGAUACAUCCUGAGAACUGCGAACCGGCUCUAUGGAGAAAAGACAUUUGAGUUUCUCAGAUCAUUUAGAGAGUCGAGUCAGAAAUCCUACCAUGCUGGCCUAGAACAGAUGGACUUCCUGCAUGCUUGGGAGGAUGCCAGGAAACAAAUCAAUGGCUGGGUGGAGGAGAGGACUGAAGGUAAAAUUCAGAACCUGUUGGCAGAGGGGAUUCUGGAUUCUCUGACCAGACUUGUGUUGGUGAAUGCCAUCUAUUUCAAAGGCAACUGGAAAGAGCAGUUCAACAGACGGAGUACCAGAGAAAGGCCAUUCCACAUUAGUAAGAAUGAAACCAGACCUGUGCAGAUGAUGUUCAAGGAGGCAGAUUUUAACAUGACCUACAUUGGGGACUUCCGGACCAAAAUCCUUGAGCUGCCCUAUGUGGGUAAUGAACUGAGCAUGAUCAUUCUGCUCCCUGAUGCCAUCCAGGAUGGAUCCACAGGCUUGGAAAGACUGGAGAGAGAACUUACAUACGAAAAGCUGAUGGAUUGGAUUAGACCUGAAAGAAUGAACUCUACAAACGUGAGGGUGUCUUUACCCAGAUUUAAACUGGAAGAAGAUUACAAUCUUAAACCUAUUUUAACAAACAUGGGAAUGCCAGAUGCAUUUGAUAAAGAGAAGGCAGACUUCUCAGGAAUGUCAUCUGGGAAUGAACUGGUGCUGUCUGAAGUGGUUCACAAGUCCUUUGUGGAAGUCAAUGAAGAAGGCACUGAAGCAGCUGCUGCCACAGCAGUGAUGGUGUACUACUGUGCUCUUGUGGAAGUUCUGGAUUUCACUGCUGACCAUCCCUUCCUCUUCUUCAUCCGGCACAACAAAACCCGCAGCAUUUUGUUCUGUGGCAGAUUUUGCUGUCCCUAAGCAGCAGAUACCUUGGCAGCAAAGGUGCCAUCACACAAUAAAUUUACAUUUCUCAGGAACAAGGUCACUUCUUUUGCACUAAUUGUCACUUUCAGCUGUGCCUGAAUCCUCUUGUGUAGUGUUGAUCUUGGGCCUGGCAGGAAUAUCCGAGCUACUCAGACAAGCACAGGACAUGCCAUGUCCAUCCUGUCUUGCACCUGGGUGCAGAGAUCUCCAGGUUCUUGCUAACACAAGAACCAUCCCACUUGCUCUGUGAGUGCUGCUUCUGUGCUGGACUUCACUUGUGGUGUCCAGCAGGCAGAGUCAGGCAGUGAGAGCCCAUGGGAGAGGAGAAGUUCCUUUUGCUUGUGACAAGGCUGGAGGACAUUUGUAGCUUCCCUCACCUUUUACCUUGCAGGCUCAUCCAUUUAGUGCCUGGAUACAUUGCCUGGAGCUGAAAGGAGUUAAUGGCAGCCUGUUCUAGGUAUUGCUGAGCAUCAUUUAUAGAUGUGUGUCUUUGGCUAGUAACUGGAGAAGCACUUAGGGAAAAAUGAGAACCAAAGUAUACUUUUGUACCAGAUGUCCCUAUGAGGUAUUUGUGGGGCAAGUACCUUUGCAUCAUCAGCCCAAGACACCUGGGUUUAUUUCAUGUCACCUGGGUCUGGUCCUUUAACAGAGAAUGUAAUAGAAGGUCCCUAUGCAAUAUUAGAAGGAGAAAGCCUUGAUUAUUCAUAUAUAUAUAUAUAUAUAUAUAUAUACAUAUAUGUAUAUAAUAUUUUUGGCUGCUGUUGUUUGUCCUAUGAAUAUUUUCUUAGACACCUUAGUUCACCUGUAUCAUACCAAAGACUCAGCUGCUACAGCUUUCCUUGCACUGGGGUGUGUUCUGCGGGUGCUGUUCCUGGAAUAAUAAAAGAAGUGUAAUGGCUGCA